CAUAUGGGCAAUUAGGAAGGAAUGUGUUGUCUAUCUAGAGACAAGGAAUAUCACGUGCUGAACAAUGAAUUAGUUAUAUUUCGAGAAUAUUUGAAUGUCAAAAUAACUGUAAAAUUAGGCGAUAUAUCGAAAGAAUCGGGAGAGAGUGUAAGUAAUUAAUUUAUAUCUUAUUUGAGUUUGUUUAUAUACGAAUCCCGAGAAAAUACCUUUGCAAGCAUCUUAUACACAACAAGUUUAUGACAAUUUAUGUAAAAGUACUAUGAUUACAGUACCUUUAUAGUUGGUUACGAGAAUGUGUACACUUAAAACCUGGAAAUGAGCAACUACAAAUGCAUAGCGUAUUAUCGAGUGAGAGCAUUCGAGGUAUUAAAUAAUGGUAUUUGAUUAGUCAGAAAAAGAUUUGUUUUAAUAUUAUAAUGGAUUCAAAGAGUGGUAUUACAAUAUUAGUAUUAAUAGUUUGACACAAUUAAAUGAUGAUCAGUACAAGGACAUCUUAAUUUGUGAUUGUCCUAUUAAGUAAAGUAGAUCCUUCAGUUCCGAAGUCCUCAUCAGAUCAGUUAUUGAGUAAGAUAUUAUGAGAUGAUGUUAGUUUCAUUGAGGAAUCCAAUAAUCGACUUCACAUUAAGAGUAUAACCAUUAUGAAUUGUGAUAAAAAGAGUGUAAUAUGCCAUAAUUUAAUAAAGAGUCUCGUUUCCUCAAAUAUGAACUAAUCAAACAAAUCGAAGAGUCUAAGCAACCAGCCCUUAGAAAAGAUAGACAAAAUAAGUUCAUGAAGUUCAUAACCUCAACUAAGAGUGUGACUUCAGAAAUGGGAAGAUAAAACAAAUGUGAUUUUAGUUUGAAGGAUUUUGAUCUGGGAGAUGAAUCUAAAUUAAUGAAUAUGAAAGAAGAAUAAUGAAA